AUGUAUCUAAUAUGGGACGGUGCGAAAGACCUAGCUGGAAAUGUGUUACAUUUAAGGACUAGAUUUGUGACAAAUAAAAGACUCGAUGGACAGGUAGUGGUCAUCACGGGUGCCAACACUGGUAUCGGUAGAGAAACAGCUCUUCAAUUAACAUCACUCGGCGCUAAGGUAAUAAUGGGUUGUAGGGACCUAAAUAGGGCCGGCAGUGCAGCCGACUAUAUAAAAGCUAACAACAAGAACGCGGUCUUAAGUGUCAUUCAAUUGGAUUUAUCAUCACUCGAAUCGGUCCGAGAGUUCGCUAAAAAAGUUUCGGAAACGGAGUCACGCAUUGAUAUCCUUAUAAACAACGCGGGAAUCGCCGGCAUUCCUGAACAGCGGACCACCGAUGGCUUUGAGAUGCAUUUCGGGACCAAUCAUUUGGGUCACUUUCUACUAACUCUAUUACUGUUGCCCUUAUUGAGGAGCGCCCCCAAAGCCCGGGUAGUGUCGGUGUCGUCGUCUUUUUAUUUAGUGGGAAAAAUACAUUUCGAUAAUAUAAACCUAAGUGACGGCGCCUACACUAAUUGGAAGGCCUACAAUCAGAGCAAAUUGGCUAAUGUGCUGUUCAGCCGAGAGCUGGCUAAACGGUUGGGCGCCAACAGUACAAUCAGUACGUAUAGUUUGCACCCAGGUGUCAUUAAGACGGACAUUGGCCGAAACUAUAGACCGUAUGUCGUGAAAGGCGUGUAUAAUAUGAUCGGUCGCCUACUGUUCCUCACGCCGCGAAUGGGCGCUCAGACGUCGCUGUAUUGCGCUCUGGAGGACAGCAUAGAAAAUAAGAGCGGAUUUUAUUACCAGGACUGCAAACGAUUUGAGUUAAGCCCGAUUGCAAUGGACGACACGGUUGCUGAAAGACUGUGGGACUUAAGCGUAGAUUUAGUGAACCUCGAGGAGCACCUAAAUCUACCAAGUUCAUAA